AAUCCAGGUUUAGGUGAAGUAUCUCUUUAUCGUUACCAUGAUAUUUCUAGACUCUUUCUAAGCUUAAAAGACCCUUGAAGUGUGCUUGACCAUCCGUCUUAGUAAAAAAAAUAUUUAGGUACUUGUUACCUACUCAUAAACAGACAUGUUAUUUAAUACAGGUUUUACAGUAAUUCACAACCUGCCGCCAAACAACUAAUUACUUUAACGGUUUUCCAACCAUUUAAUUGAAGGUAGAACAUUUACAGAAUAGACAUUGGAUUCCUUCAUCAGUCAACUUUAGUUUAUACUCAAGUGACUACUUCAUACAAUAUUAAAUUCUUACUCCAAAUCAUAAUUGUCUACAGUGUACUGCAUAUAUUGAGUAUAUAGAUGUAUAUGUGUAUAUCGAGUAGUAUGAGAUUACAGUAAUGAUUUUAUUAUGUUCUGGAUGUUGGGAACAUCUUUAAUCGUCCAAUAAAACCACUGCAGGAAAGUGCCACUCAUCUAAAUGAGAACAGUUAUAUUUAUUGUUCUUCUGUUAUGUCCUCGGCAAGGCCCACCUGGAGCAGCGGCCGCCGCCAUCGACCCAACGAGCAGGCGCCGCGAUGGCAACCCGCGCCCGCCACACGAGGCACUCGCGCCGCAGCGCCCCGUGUGUAGCGCUGUACUUUAUGCUAUCGCACGUCUUUAGGUUUGUGCUUAUAAUUUAUAAUUAGACCUUUAAAAAUAUUAUUAUAAAUUGUGUGUUCUCACUGUCCCGUUGAUAAUUUCAUUGAUCCUUCGCGAUAGUUCCCUAGCAACUACAAUGGAUCUCCAAACGUUCCUAGAGGACAAGUUCACGCAGUGGUCGCCGCCGGAGCCCAGGGUGCUGAAGAGAACGAAAUGUUCCAUCACCCUGGACUGGCGCAACGUGGAGCCGUUCCACUUCAUCAGCGACGAGCUGCUGUACAGGCUGGAGAAGAAUGAGAAGAUGCCUCCGUGGGUAGUUGUGUACAGAGGAGGUAAAACGUCGAAGGAGAUAGACAACCUGGCGCCGAGGCACUGCCACAAGUUCAGGCUGAGAGUGAUCGUGAAGGCGUCGGCAGUGCCGAGCCUCGCGGCGCGGGCGCUGCAGCACUACGGGGACGAGGCCGCCGUGUACGAGCGCAUGGAGGCAGUCGGCGGCAGCGGGGACGGCUGCGGCACUGCUGCUGGUGCACCUGCUGCAGGGGACGGUGCAGUCUCGGCAGCUCCAUCUGGUGACGGCGUUGGAGGACAUGCAGACGAACUGGAGGACACUAACUCGGUCGGAGGGACCGCCAGACACAAGUGGCUGGAGUCGCGGUGGUCGGGGCUGACGUGGAGCAGCACGGACACGGACGGCACCUCCGCCGUCUGCUUCUGCAUGGCCGUGCGCUGCGGCUACCUCAAGCAGGUGCAGGGCAUGCUGGACGAGCGGCCGGCGCUGAUCGGCAUCACCAACUCCACCAACGGGUUCACGCCGCUCGCCACCGCCGUCAGGAAAGGCGACAUAAACACAGUGCGGUUCCUGCUGGGCGCGGGCGCGGAGGUCGAGCAGCGCUCCACCUCGGGGCAGGCGGCGCUGCACCUCGCCGUGCUCUCCGCCAACAUCCCCAUCGUGCAGCUGCUGCUGGAGCAGGGCGCGGACUUCGAGGCGCGCGACCUGAACGGUCUCCGCGUGGAGCACUACGCGGUGGACUCGUGCAGCCUGGACAUGCUGCGCUGCGUGCUGGACAGGGGCGGCGACGUGCACGCCGAGGACAACAACGGCUGGACGCCGCUCUUCAGGGCACUGUGCCAGAACGCGGCCACGGCUGUGAUCGAGGAGCUGGUGGUCCGCGGCAGCUCGCUGGAGCAGGCGGACCGCGCCGGCCUGCCGCUCACCUCCGCCGCGCGCCUGCUGCGCGACCGACACGGACGCGGCCGCGACUCUGUGCUGCGGCUGGUGGACUCCAGCUACCCGCACGAGAAGGCGCUGGCCAACUUCACGCGCCUCACCAAGAAGAUCUACAACGUGCAGUCGCUGCUCAAGCUGCCCAGCCCGCGGAACAACAACUAA